UCAAUGUCUUUGGAAGUCAAGAGAACUCUCAAGCAUUCUAUAGGAGCAGAGGACCAUCGACUAUUACAAUUCCUUUUAGAAAGUGCAAAGGUUUGGUCCAGGUGUCACCUGCAGCUAACCAGAAGAUGAAUUAUUUAGUUGGGUCCCAAAAUAUUGUAGCACUCUCCAUCAUGGUACUUGAGACUUAA